AUCCAUGCCACCACCAUGUACCACUCAGUUCAUCCAAGCACUCCAGGAAAUUAUUCUGUCUAGAUGAGAUGCCUUUGAUAUUCUUCGUAUAUACUGUGCACACUCCGUGUCUACACUCCCAAUAACCAAAUACCUACCACCCGAAUGAAACAUCUGCAUCAUCUCGAAUGAGCAAUUCAACUCCAACCACCUAGUAGCUACCUAAUGGCUGACGUCCUGCGACGAAGGGGAAUAUACAAAACUACUCAUUGGAUACAUCCGCUCUCGCAGGCCCUAGGAAUAGCAUACAGACAAACGUCCCUGGAGACGCUGUCUGCAAAGGCCGGAGUAGCGUAUAGUUAUACAGUAGAUUUCGCGGGGACGUCUAUCAAGAGAAGGUAUCCCCGUGUGGUUGAGGGGAGAAUCCAAGGAACAACGCCCCACCUCUCAAGCAAAGACAAGACUGACGGCCAGAAAGUCGUCACGGUUGGAUUCCAUGCUCGAAAUGGAACAAGAUAUCUGUCCAUCCAUGCUCAUGGCGACGGCACUUGGAAGGAGUUUCUUUCGCGGGCGGGAAAGGCUGUUCUGCGUAAGGAGAGGGAUGGAUCUCAAAGGAGGGCCAUGCAGGGGAGAUUGAAUAGAUCUUCCUGCUAGUGGUUGCGUUUGCGAGGGGUUAUUGAAUUAGCGGUUGUAUUUGGCGUUGGCAUAUAUAUCUUAUUUGUUUCACUCGUCUUCUGAACUCAAGUUCAUUUAUGCUGUGUGGGCAUUUAGACUUGUUUUCAUGUGUAGGAAGGUGAAUUUACACACGAG